GUGCCGUUCGCUUGUUUUUAUGUUCACUUUGUUUAAUAUACCCACUUAAUUUAUUGUAUAAGUUAUCCCCACCACACAGUGAUAUGGUUUGAAUUUUUGCCAGAACAUUAAUACGUAGUGAGCAUGAAACUGCAUGUGUAUAUAUAUAUAAUUCUUCGAAUGAACUUGAGAAACUCUACAUGGCAGUAUGUAAAUGAAGAGAGACUAGACAGCAUGGCAGCGUAACUCGUAUAUACAAAAUAAAAGUGUCUUGACUGGUACUCGGAGCAACAAGUAGUUGCAUAGCACAGCGGGGAACGCAACAUGUUUGUUGCGUUAAAUAUUCCACAUUCGAAUUCCGUGCGAGGAAAUUCUUUGAGCAAACGAAUGGGACACUUGAAUACCAAGACAACGGAGAAAGCGAGAAGGGAAACUACUGCUUCAAUAGACAGUAUGGCAUCAUUCUAAGAGGAAAAAAGCGCUAAACGAAAUCAAGUCACGUACACGCAAGCUAGCGAUGUGCAUGCACAAAUGGAUUUUACAAUUCAAUGCAUUUUAUUCUCAAGUAGUAGUGACGAAUAAAGGAACUAAUCAAACCAUGGAACCGAAAAGUGUCGCAAUAUCUCUAGUGGAAAAAAAUUCAUUUGAAACUGAACACACAUCAGGAAUACAAAUUUCAAAAGAUUGGAUUCUAGCCCCUGGAACUUUAUUGAAAUCAAAAAUCGAACGGGAUAAAAACCUGUUAGAUUUUAUUUCUGCAUUACCAUCGGGUAAGAUGACAAAGUCAUUAAUACGAGAAGAAAAUUUACAAGUUCAAGUGCAAUCUUGUGCAAUGACUUCGGAAUCAUCUAGAGAAAUCACAGAAAUUAAGAGCACAAGUGGUUCCAUUGCUGGCUUAUGGAGCUGCCCUUUACUCGCAGAUUCUUUGGCGAACUUAUAUCCUUCCAAAAGUUUGAAUGAAAAUUUUGAACGGCUGAAUAAAUUACUUCUACCGAUAUUUUUAGUAGUACGGCUCGAUCGAGAAGAUGCGAAGGUCGAUAACGUAAACGAGUGUAGUGUUACAGAUAUUUGCGAAAUUUUAAGUCAUUUUUUUGACAGUCAUCUAUCUGGAGAAAAUUAUAAGAGAGGUGAUGACGUACAAGUUGAAUCAACGCCGUUUGGGAAUCCCGUGUUUAUGAAUUCGGUCUCGAAAGGAAUAGUGAGUAAUGUACUGGGAGUAAAUAAAUGUAUCAUGUUGACGGAUGCGAAUGCUAUUCCAGGAUGCGAAGGAGGGCUCGUGUAUGCUACAGCUGAAAAUGGAAGCAGAGUAAUAUACGGAAUGGUGAUUGCCCCGAUGACUUUGUGUCGUAGCGAAUGGGUGAAUUAUACUUUUGUCGCAUGUCUUCUACCUUGUUUGAAAAAAUUGCUAAGAAAACAGGAACCUAAAAAUAAUUUCCUGAUGAUUAACCGACAAAAUACUGAUAUUACUGAUCUACUAGAUAAGAGUGUGGUGCUUAUAUACUGUGGUUCUGAAUGGGGCAGUGGAAUACUUUUAGAUCGAGACACUGGGACAAUUUUAACAUGUUCCCACGUAAUUGAUCAAGCACCAAAUCGACGGAUCAAAGUUGUCUUUAGUCAUAAAGACACAAGUCAUGGAUCUAAAAAAAGCCAGUGGGCGAAAUUGAUUUAUCGUACGCCUAAAGGUGUACCCUAUGACAUCGCUGUGAUAAAAGUUGAUCCAUUAGAGAUAAGCAACUACAUGCAACCUUUAAAGAUCAGAAACACUGCAGCUGUAAAAGGUGAAAAUGUUAUAAGCGCUGGAUUCCCGUUUUUAUAUACAAACUUACCAACUAUAACACAUGGCAAUAUUUCCAAUGUUUCAUCACAUAUGCUCCAAACAACCUGCUACGUUCAAAGUGGCACCAGCGGUGGACCAAUUAUCAGACCAAACACGGGAGAAUUACUUGGUAUUAUUGUUUGUAAUGUUAUUACAUUCAAUACACUAUAUCCAAGAAUCAACAUGGCCAUUCCAGCAACUAUUUUUAGUGACCCCAUCAAUGAAUACAUCAAAACUGAUCGUGUUCAGGUUUUGGAUACUUUGAUGACUCAAGACAAGGAUGCGAUACGCAUGUGGAACUGCUUUUUACAUUCAAAAAUAUAAUUCAUCAUUUUUACGAGUAAAAAAAAAUUAUAAUUAUAGAAAUAUAUUCUUGUCUGUAAUUUUUUAUAAUAAAAAAGAUUGGCACAAGGGAUA